UGUCUAGAAUCGUGAUUAGCGGCUUAAUUACAAAUUUGAAUGCACAAAUUUAAUUACAAAUUUAAAUUUGGUAAAUACGAGCAAAGCGAGCUCGUAAUAUCCUAUUUAACGAAAGCCCACCAAUACUUCCCGGACAUACCAAUUGCUGAGUGAAUACCGUCUAAUUAAACACGAUACCACUUGAAUACGCGCAACAUAUGUAAGCGUACAGGUACAAAUCGCUUUUGUUAUCGCCAUUGUUCCGAUAGUUCAGUUUUCGUUGCAGUUUGCUUGAUGUUAGUCGCUGUUAAUUUAAUUUUUCGUUCAAUGCGUUUCAUCGUAAGGAAAUGAGUUCAACAUGGUUACAGAGGGUGAUUGUUCUUGCACCGACACGACGGAACCGUCCAAUGUAACGUCCUUGCACUCAGACGACGUUACCCCGGCCAGGACUCCCGACGCGAACCUCUACGUCAAAACGACCGACAAAGAAAAUGAUUCGGCCGAAGGACCCAAAGGACCGGUACAUCAAUCGCAGCAGGACAGUUCGAGGGAUCUGCACCCGAUGACAACGGCGAUGACGACAUCGCAAUACCUGCCGAGUUUCCCUUGCCUCUGUCACACUCACAAAAUCAACGGUUACGUUCUGCCGGUGAAACUCAGGGAAGAAAAACCGCAAUCGAGGCCGUUCUGGGGCCGUUUCAAGUGGAAACGACCGAAAAACGCGUACUGCGGCAAGGAGAACAAGAUUUACGAGAUCAAGCUGAAGCAAACUCAGUGUCCUCGCUACGCCAAAAUGCGUAAACAGCCGCCCGACGCGGCCCGUGAAUUUCAGCCUUUCGUCUGUUGCGACACAUCGGACGGGAUAUCGAGCAAGAUCGAAAAGUCCCACGAUCCUCCCGGCAAGUCGGUGAAGCUGCCCAAGCACCACGCGAAAACGAAACUCAAGAGAGACGAGGCCGUGGAGAAGAUCGAGAUCUACUACUUCGAUCAUGGAAACUCAGCAUAUUAUCAAACGACCGACUGUCAUCCCGUGUUAACUACGGACAAGUGCGCGGAGAAGACGGAUCAAGCGGCAACGCGCUUCUGGGCGGAGAUCUUCGGCACGAUUCACAUAGGCACGGCAUUCAUCACCGCUUUCAUCCUGCAGCUUCUUCGCUUCGUGCUCUACAGCGCGAUCCGGCCGCUGACGGUGGGGAUAUUGCAGUUGAUAGCGGAUUACUUCGUGAAACCUCUGCUGUCCAUCGUGUUCAACGCUGUCAUACAGCCGAUACUGAUAUUACUAUACAACGUCGCCACGUCGCUGAGGGAUCUCUGCGAGCCGAUAGCCGAGGCGCUCGGCCUGUUUCUCAGGGAGAUAGCGAACCUCUGCGCCGCGAUCAGACUCGUGGAAGUGAAGCACGUUCACCCGCCGACCGCUGCUUGCACUUGAACGCGCAGCUGG